AUGGCAGCGGUAGGCCCAGAAAGGAAGGGCUUCAACUCCCACCUCUGGCAGAGAUACCACCACAUCUCAAGGGAGGUGGGGGACAUUGAGUCUGUACGGCCGUUGGGCCGAGCUUUCGUUGUUGAGGUCGUUGUGGUACGGAGUCAGGAGGGCUGGGGAGUGACUUACACCUCUACUGAGAUCUGCACUUUGAAAGGAUCAACAGUGAAAAUACACUGCACCUACACAUACCCCCCCAGAAUCCAUGGAAAUGUCACAGUGCUGGAAACAGCUUCAUGGUUUACUGAAGGUAAAGAUCAAGCCCCCGUGGAUCUGAUGACACAAACAGAGUAUGCUGAUCGUGUACAGUAUCAAUGUGGAGAAAAGGAAUGCACCCUGGUGAUUGAAGACCUGAGAGAGAGAGACUCAGCUGAGUACAAGUUCAGGUUCACGACCAACCAACCAGGUGGAAGUUAUACAGGCACACCUGGAGUCGUCCUGUUUGUCAAAGUUCCCCAUGUUGAGGUAACGAAACCAUAUCCAACAUUGUGGCCUUCAUGGGCAAAACUGAAGUGUCGAAGCACAUGUCACGUUACUGCUGGUGAUUCUAUAAUGUGGUUCAAGAAUGGACAGAGAACUCACGCAGGAAACUCUUUUGUGGAAGUCUACUUUGGUAAUGAAGACAGCGUUUCCUGUGCUGUACGCCAACACCAGAGGGUCCCUUCUCCUUCAGUCUGUGUCCUUCGUCCCACCUGUAACAAAGUGACUUACACUGACAGAAGCAUCUGUGCCCCCAAAGGCUCAUCGGUGGAUAUUUCUUGCACAUACAGUCCUGGAAAUGGUGUUGUAUCAAAGAGUUGGUUCAACCCUCACAACAAUAACCACUUACGUCGCGAUAAAGACCGUGUUCAGCUCCAUGAAACAGGAGCAGGAAGGUCAACUCUGAGAAUACGGGACCUUAGAGACACUGAUUCAGCUGAAUAUCGCUUCAAAUUCAAAACAGGGGAUUUUGAAUGGGGCAACGAUUUACCUGGAACGACUCUGACUGUCACAACUCUGCAGGUGCAGGUGAACAGAAUAAUAGCAGUCCACGAGUCUUACACUGAUGUGGAGCUGAAGUGUCACAGCAGCUGCAAACCAGCUGCUCAUCGUUCCUACAUCUGGUUUAGGAACGGACAGAAGGACACGAUCCAGCAAACUUCUAAAUACAGAGACAAAUUUCAUCUUGAAGACAACGUCUCCUGUGCUUUCAAAGGAUAUGAGGACCAGUCUCCUUUAGUAUAUCCUUUAAAGCUGCCCUCUAUAUUCGCCAGUCCCUCUGGUGAGAUCGUAGAGGGCAUGUCAGUGAAUCUGACCUGCUUCACCUAUGCUAACCCAGCAGCUAAGAAUACUCUGUACAAGGGGAACCAAACGCUGCCUCUGGGAUCAGCAGGUAUUUAUCACUUCUCCUCCAUCAGCUCUGAGGAUAGAGGGAUCUACUCUUGCAAGUCUGAGGAUCAACACUCUGUAUCUUUGGUCCUUGAUGUCCAGUAUGCUCCAAAGCUCCCGUCUGUGUCAGUGAAUUCCUCUGGUGGGAUAUCAGAGGGAACCUCAGUGACGCUGAGCUGCAGCAGUGAUGCUAACCCAGCAGCUAAUUACACCUGGUACAAGGAGGAUGAAGACUCCACAAAAGCUUCAGGAAACAACUUCACUAUCAGUGACUUCAGAUCUGAACUCGGUGGAAAUUAUUACUGUGAAGCCCAGAACAGCAGAGGACGACGUAGAUCCAGAUUUCAUCCGAUUGAAGUAGAAGUUAGACAUUUUUCAGGUUCAAGGAAGUUUCCAGUUAAUUUAGUGAUGAAAGUCGUUUUUCUGGUUGUCUUCAUCCUCUCAUCCUUAGUGUGGAUUAGAAAGAAGUCCUUGACAAGACAGCGUUGGACUGAAGACAAACCAGACAGCAGUUUGGAGAUGGAUGAAAUUCAGAACACUCUACAAGCCAUAACUGCAACAGAAAACCCCUAUUCAACUAUCCCAGCUUCAGGCCAGCGCCAUGAGCAGUGUGCAGUAAACUCAGCCUUCUUUUGAUUAACAGUUAAUAUUGUCAAGAUGAAAGGAGACAUGUGUUCCUGCUCUGGGUGAAGGCGGACACUUAUGUCUCCCGCUCCCUCCCCAUCUGCCCUGCUGCUCUGUCUUGUGCUGUCUUGUCCCUCUAUUGGAGCCUCUCCUUGCAUAUCCUCCCAACAUUUCUAAAAUCAUGUAUCUGGUCAGUCGGCCUCUCAACGCAAUUGACCAAUUUUUCUGGACGAGGAGACAGGGCCGAGGGGGAGGCCUGUUGACCCGAUGGGACGUUUACUGCCGGAUACACGAUGGACUCCUGGAAGUAGAGGGUCGUGUGUCUGUCCAAACUGUCGCUCGAGGAUGUUGACAAUGUCUGCAUAAUUGGAUUUCUGAUAA